CUUUACCUCUACAUCCCAUCCCAUACAUCCAUGCACCACACCCCUGCCUCCAAUCAGUCUGUCUGUCUACGCCUGACUGUUGCCACUGUUGCCGCUCUUGGCCGUUUUCGUUCGCGGCGGCAGCCCAGCUUUGGGUCCGCGCUUCACCGGCGUCUGUUUCUUGACGCGCUUGCCGGCGCGGCCAGUCGGGCGGCCGUCCAUGUCGUCGUCGUCCUCAGCCUUCUGGUCGCCAGACGCAUCUCGCAUGUCACGAUUGCGCUUCUUCUUGUUCUUGGCGGCACCCGCUGCAGAUGGGCCACUGGCAGCACUGGCGGCAGCAACAGGUGAGUGGGGUGGGGGAGCAGAAGAGAGGGGGGACGGCUGGGGGGCUGAGGGCUGCGAUGGCGAUGGCGAUCCGUCUUGGUCUGAUGCCUUGCCCUUCUGGUGUGCCGGGGGCUUCGGUGCGCUCUUCUUGGCGGCUCGGGGGCUCCUCCCUCUGAUGGCAACAGCACCACCCCCCGACUGCUCCGCUGCUGGCUGCUGGCUCGACUGAGCGGCACUCGCACCGAGCGACGAGGGAGGUGGGUGGGCUGGUGGUCCGUCUGCCUUCGCCUUGCGCCACUCGUCGACGGCGUUCUCGUAGGUGUCGAGCAUGGUGGGCAGGUCGUCGGUCGUGUAGGGAAGGGUCAGCUGUGCUGUGCCGCAGAUGGAUGUGUGGCAGAUGGGACAUGGAGCACCAUCCUCGGGCUGACAUGCGCCGCACACCAGAUGUCCACACGGCUGGAUGACAUGGUCCCACUGCACACACAUGCACACACUUACAUGUGCCGCCCACACCGGGCACAUUGCAUUGCUAUGGCGUACCAGGUGGGUGUUACAUGAGGAGCAUUUGAGCUUCUUGGUGAGGCUCUUGGUGCGACGGACAGGUGACUCGAGCUGAUAGAGGGCCCUCUUGACGUGGCAGUACCUCUCGUUCGUCCAGGCGGUGCCCUUGGGGUCCUCCCAGGCCUUGUCGUAGCGGUUCUGUGCAAGAACAGCCUGCACACAUACGUCCAUCCACACAGACACACAUCGGGCAUCCAUCGGCCGACAUGGCACGGCUGAGAGAGAGGCAAGAACAUGUGUUCAGCUUACUGGUUCUCGAGGUCGCGGUUUCUCUGCUCUGCGUCACGUGCCACUGCUGCGAGCUUCUUGUACUUCUGAAGGCUUCACCCAACAGAGCCAAACAACGACACACCACACCAUAACACAUAGGUGGAGUCGUGUUUGUGUUGGUCGUUCGGUGCUUGCCUUACUCCUUCUUGGCUUUGGCUACGUUGUCCUCAGCGCUUUGCUUGUCGUGCUCGAGUGUCUCAAUCCUGACCCACCAUUCACACGCCACAGAAAGAGAGAGGGACGAUGUCUACGAUGUCUCAUUCCUCUCUGACUGUUCCUUCCCCGAUUCACUCACUCACCUCUUGUUGCUCUCGUCAUUCCUCCGCUGCAGCUCCUGCAGUGCCAGCCGCAGGAUCCUCUCCUCCUCCAUCAGUGCCUGCACACUCCCCGCCUCGGCCACACCACCACCACCACCAUCACCACCGCCGCCGCCAAACGACUCCUCAACACCGCCACGCUGCUGGCCGGGACGCAUCAGAGCGUGUGCAGCAGGGGAGAUGGGACGCAGCACGCUCUGGCCGUCGGGGAUGGCUGAGGGGUGAUGGGUAUGGGUACGCGGGGAGGCCGAUGACCCAGCACCGUCCUCCUGCUGCAGGCCGUUUUGCUGAGCCACCAUGCCGUGAACACCGUCAGCGCCACGCCCCCCACUCCCCGCCCUCGCCCCCUCUGGUGUCAGCUCCCUGCUACUGUUGUCGCCCUUCUUCCUGCCCUGGGCUCCUUUGACCUUCUUCCGUCGCUUCAGCAAGACGAUCUGGCACGGCUGGGCAUCGGCUAUGUCGUGGGCGCCAGCCGCGGCAGGGGCGUGAGUGUCGGCGGCUGAGUGUGUGUGUGUGGGGUGUGUGCGUGGCUUGGUUGUGGGGAGGUGAGGCUGCAGCAACGGGUACAGGGACCGGAACCUGCACGGCAUAGGACAAAGGCCUCAGAUGUAUGUCGUGUAUGCCAUCCAUCCGGCCGUCCAUGUAUGUAUGCGUUGGCGAGAGUGGCUUACGAGGUGUGUCCGUUGUUGAUGGCGCUAUCUACGUCUGGCGUGAGGGGCAUGAACACCGCGUACGAGGGCCAGAAGAAGUGGUCCCUCUCGACCCCCAUGAACGUUGGUGAACGGAUCUGCAGCAGACGAUCACGGUCCUCCGCAGUCGCACAGUCAACCACCGCCACCUGCAGCCAUCCAUCCAUCCAUCCAUCGAUCGUGUGUGUGCGCUACUGCAUGUGCUUCGUGUGGCAUUGCAUACCUCGUCGUCCACGCCCGCACGGCAGCCUUUGAUGUCCCUGAUGAUCUGCUGGGUCGGCAUCGAUGUUCUCCUCGUCGAGCUGAUGGAUGCAUUGAGGCUCUUGAGGAACGUGCUGGAGGACAUCUCGCUGGAGUCGCAGCCUGUCGUCUGUCGGCGCCUGGUCAGGGGGGAUGGGCUCAGUGUAGAGGGUGGGAUUGGACACUGUACACCUGCAUAGCAUACACACAGAUAGAUGACACAUGGUCAGGGGCCCUCCCUCUGUCUCCUCCCUCCCUCACUUGUCCGCAUCGGUUGUUGCCAGCACGAGUUUGGUCCGCCCUCUGAUCCGCGCGUACCCCACCGUCUCCCCCGCACGGCCCUCCUGCUCGAGCACCCCAGCCGAGUAUCGGUCGUGACACAGCACGUAUGCCUGGUCGUGUGUGUUGGGUGAUGCUCUUUCAGGUGCAGUGGCCACGGCCGCUAUGAUGGGGGGGCGGAAGGGGGUUGUGUGAGAGGCGGUGGUGUUGAGGGCCUUGCUGUAGAAGCUAUCCAUGAGUGACUCGAACAACGCUUGGGGCGGGAUCACACGGGUGCUGACACGUACGUCACACAUUCAUACACACUUGCGCCCAAAUGCAUGGAUGAAUGUUGUGUCAAUUCAUUGUCCCUCCCUCCCUCCCUCCCUCCCUCCCGGCAGUGCAUGGAAUGAGGGUCGUGUGUGCACACACUCACGCGUCAUGUGGCUUCUUGAUGCGCAUGAAGGACGGCGAGGGGACGGCGUCGGCAUCCACACCCAGCAGUGCCUUCAACUCAGAGCUGUGGAACCUCAACCCGCCCGUCGCACCUGCGCCACACGCAGACACGCACAAACACACACGCGUCCUUUCCCUCUCCCUCUGUCCCUCCCUGCGUCAUGAUGUGUGAGUGUGCUGACCCGGCCUCACUGCAUCCCACUUGGCCUUGAGCUCCUCUGACACGAGCGACGGCUGGUCAUUGCCGUUGGCUGGUGCGAGCGUAGGGUGGUGCUGGGCGUCGAGACCAUAGUCGGCCAGUAGUGCACCGAUGCGGGAGGGAGGGGAGGGGUCGGUGGUGGUGGGGUUGAGGUUGGCCUGCUCGAGGGUCGGCAUGCGAUGCUCAGCUAUCUCACUCACAUGCUGCGCACCAGUGCCCUGAACCACACACACAACACACACACACACACACACACACGCGCGUCGACGGCGCACCCGCCCGCUCUCCCCACGUCACGUUGCGUACCGUCUCGUUGUGCGCACAGGAACUCACUUGGCCGCCGGGGCGACGACCUUCCGCACUCUGCACCAACUAACCCACCGACACACACGGUUUUCACGAGGUGGUUGCUGUGGUGGGUACAUGUAUGUAUGUGUUGUGAGUCUGUCUGGCUAACCGCAAAUAUAUAUACCAUGAAACGGGUAUCGAGGCCAGGGAUGCGCACAGGCAGGGGUGCCUCACCGCUGCUCGAACUGCCAGCGACUGAUGGAGUGGAGGGAAUGCAGCACACCACGUGCACACAAGAAAUUGACGCAUCCAUCCACACAUCCGUUGCGGUUUGUGGUGUGGGUGGGUGAGGCACCCACCUGGUGCUGCAGCAGCAGCAGCAGCAAGUGCCUGCAGGCCAGGCAUGUCGUCCGGCAGCAGGCCUUUCCCACGCAGUUGUUCUAGCUCCUCCAUGUUCUCCAGACAGGUGCGCCUCUCCUGCACCAUCCAUCCAUCCGUCACACGCGGGCGGCCGCACAGCCAUGUGCUGUGCUGCGCACCUCAACGCCGUGCGCAUAGAUGCAUGCGCCGCCCCUGUAGCAGCCGCCUGGGGUCUGCAGCACUCAGCACAAGACCAACAUAACCAAGCAGCGGCGGCCGGCACAUGGAUGGAUGUUCGUGCAGCUUUCUGUGCACUGUUGUAUGUGCGCUGACAUGGAAGAAGUUGCAGUCGUAAGUCUUGUAGACCAACGGCUUCCAGAGAAGUCCAGCCUUGAUGGCCGCCAGCAGUCCACUCAUCGGAGGGAACACAGCAAGGGUAGAAAGCGG